AUGAAUCCUCUUAAAGCGGACACGGACCACCACUUCGUGCACAGGAGCACCAUCCCCACCAUGCACUUCCAGGACAGCCUGCCCAGAUUACCCAUUCCAAAGCUGGAGCAUACUCUCAAGCGGUAUUUGGCUGCCCAGGAACCUUUAUUGGAUGAUAAGCAAUACAGGAAUACCAAAAGAAUUGCCAAGGAGUUUGAAAAAGGAGCUGGCAGGAGAUUGCAUAGAGAGUUGGUAGAGCUAGAUGAAAAGAACACACAUACAAGCUAUAUAUCAGAUCCUUGGUUUAAUAUGUAUCUUUCUGCUAGAGAACCUGUUGUUUUAAACUUCAAUCCCUUUAUUAGUUUAACUCCUGAUCCAAGAGAAGCUUACAACAACCAGUUGGUUAGAGCAACCAAUCUCAUAAUAUCAUCCAUAAAAUUUCUGAAGUCUCUAAAACAUAAUUAUUUAAGGCCAGAUAUAUACUAUGGAGACCCCAAGUGGAGUGAGAGUAGGCUCUUCAAAAACUUCAUUCGUCUUCUUCCAACCUCUGUGUCAUGGUAUGGAGCAUAUAUGGUAAAUGCAUAUCCACUGGAUAUGUCGCAAUAUAGCCGUCUCUUCAGAAGUUCCAGAAUUCCAAAACUAAACAAGGAUGAACUGUUCACAAGUGAAUGCUCAAGACAUUUGCUGGUGAUGAGAAAUGGACACUUUUAUGUUUUCGAUGUGUUGGAUUCUGUUGAUAAUAUUCUGCAUCCCUCUGAAAUUGUGGCUCAUUUAAUUUAUAUUAUACAAGAGGCAGAUCGCUUGCCUGAAUUUGCACUCUCAUACUUGACCACUGAAGACAGGAAUAUCUGGGCAACAGUAAGGCAACAACUUCUUGAAGCAGGUAAUGAAGAAAACUUAAAGAAAAUUGAUAGUGCAAUAUUUUGUCUGUGCUUAGAUAAUAUUUUUCCAAAGGAUGAGGAUGAGCUCUCCCAUUGCUUGCUUCAUGGAAAUGGCUUCAAUCGUUGGUUUGAUAAAUCUAUUAGUCUGAUUAUUACAGGUGAUGGCCGUGCAGGAAUAAACUUUGAGCACUCCUGGGGAGAUGGAGUUGCAGUUCUCCGUUUUGUAAAUGAAGUUUAUAGAAACAGUACACGGCACCCAGCUCUUCUACCACAUUCAAGGUCUACAGAAACCACUGUUGUAACAUGUGAGAGACUACAGUUUAAACUGAAUGACUCAAUCCAAUCUGCUAUGCAUGUUGCACAUGAAAAGUUUGAUGAAAGAAAGAAGAAAAUGUCCAUGAAAAGGUUUCAGUUCAGAAAGUUUGGGAAAGACUAUAUUGUAAAACAGAGGAUGAGUCCCGAUGCUAUCUUUCAGCUUGCAUGUCAGAUUACUUUUUAUCGACAGUUUGGAAAAGUCGUUCCUUCCUAUGAAGCGUGCAGUACUGCUGCUUUCAAACACGGACGCACGGAAACCAUUCGACCCACAUCUAUGCUCACAAAACAGUGUUCACAGGCCAUUGUUGAAGGAAGAGGUAAACACAGUGUAGCAGAACUGAGAAAUAUGAUUGAUGAAUGUUCCAAGUAUCAUAGACGAUUGCAAAUGGAAGCUGCCUUAGGGAAUGGAUUUGAUCGCCAUUUAUUUGCCUUGAAACAUCUUGCCGUGUCCAGAGGUGAACCUACGCCUGAUUUCUUUCUUGACACCGCCUACCAGAAAAUAAAUCAUAAUGUAAUUUCAACUAGUACAUUACAGAGUCCUGCAGUUAAUCUUGGUGGAUUUGGUCCAGUAGUAUCAGAUGGCUUUGGAAUUGGAUAUCACGUGUCGGACACCUGGUUAGGGUGUAAUGCAACUAGCUAUUUAGAUGAAGAACUACGGGAAUUUUUGAGGUGCCUUGAAUAUAGCUUAAAUGACAUUUUUGAUAUUUUAGAAGGAAGACCACUUAUGUAA